AUGGUUUUCUGUCAUCAUGGCGAAAUCACGAAUGCUGUGAAUGGUAUGGUGUUGAGUGCAGCAACACCACUCGCCAUGUCAUCUCCCUCCAACUUAAUGCUUGUAAUUAUGAUGGUGGAUUGCAAGGUAAGUUGCAAUGAUUUUGGAGGCAAUCCUGUCCCAGAAUUCAUCGGUUCCAUGAAACAAUUACAUCACUUGUAUCUCGGGAAUUCUUACUUUUCUGGGAUCAUUCCUCCUCAGAUAGGGAACCUUACUAACCUGCGCUCACUUGGUCUCUCUCGCAACUCUUUGAGGAGUGAGAAUCUCGAUUGGCUUUCAAAUCUCUCUUUGUUGUCUUUUCUUGAUUUGAGUCAAAUCGACUUAAGUCACACCAAUUGGCUGCAGCAUAUCCCAAGUCUUCAUCAUUCCCUAUAUGAAUUGCACUUGAAAUCUUGUGGCCUCAAGGAUAAUAAACCUUCUUCUAAUUCUUCUUCCACAUCUCUUCUUUCCAUCCUUGAUCUGUCACAUAAUAACCUCACUCUUUCCUCGUUCGAUUGGUUAUCUAAGUUAAACACAAGUCUAGUGAAAAUAGACCUGUCACACAAUGCUUUUGUAGGCCCGAUUCCUAAUGCGCUAAUAGAGAGUUUGGUUCUUAUUGAGCAUCUUGAUCUUUCUAGUAACAUGCUUCAAGGUCAAAUCCCAAAAUCUUUGUCCAAGCUCAGUCGUCUGCGCGUCCUAGUCCUUUAUGAAAAUGACUUUAGAGGAGACUUUGAUGAGUUGUUUGGAAAUAUAUCCGCCAAUGGAAUAUUGGAAUCACUCCAAAUUCUAGACUUGGCUAAGAAUCAACUGAAUGGUUCAGUGUCAGACUUGAGAGCACUUUCGGCAUUGACAGAAGUGUACCUUGGGGAUAACAACUUUACAGGCUCCGUGCCUCAAAGUAUUGGCCAACUCUCCGAGCUUCAAGUUCUAGAUCUCUCUAAUAAUUCUUUGAAAGGUUCAGUCUCUGAAUCCCACUUCAUGAAGCUUGACAAGUUGAAGGUACUGGAUUUAUAUAUCCUUCAAUUCAUUGAUCUUGCAUGUUGCCCCUGA